UUUAUGAUACUGUAAGGAUGUAGAGUGUGUCAGUAAAUUAAUAGGCCUCUUGAAAUGUAAGAUGAAGCAAAAUACUAGAGGCAGGAAUGCUUUCUUAUCUGACUAUUCGAGGACAGUCAUCAGUAGCUGUGAAGACCACAAGGGGAAGAAGAAUCUGCGCAGGGCACAGGCGGGUCCCCUCCUAUUUUGGUAAAGAGUCCAGUUGUAUGCAAGUGCUUUGCUCUUGUUGCAUCUCCGCUGCUUCCCCUCUCUCGAGCUCCGGUGCGUGGUGCGCCGUGUACGCGUUGCUUUUCUUCACUGAACGGUGCUCUUUGAUGGAAGGACCUCAUUAAUCUGUGCCCCCUCUGCUGGCUGCUGGGCAGCAUGUAAGGUCUGUGUCAUCUUUGCAUUGCUAUCACCUCUGCUCCCCCAGCCAUUGUGUCCUCCUGCUGCCUCUCUCUCCUCCCAACUUUUGUGCUCUCCGGCCUCUCUCUGCUGUUCUCGCUGCUGCCAAAGCAAUGCACGAAGUCUUUAUGGCUUCAGGAUUCAGGCGCAUUCAAUGUCGACCAUGAUCCGUACUACACCACUGUAGAUAAGCUCCUGCUCUCUCUCUCUCCGGACCAUUUAUUUCCAGCACCACAGCUACAAGGAACCCCUGCCCAUGUGAACAGUGACCAUCUUGCGACCUCUGAUAUAAGUAGCAGUGUCCGUCCUACUGCUUCCCUCAUUCAUUCAUCAGUGAUUAGCUAGCGAGAGCUCCUCCUCCCUCAUGGAACUCCUGCUACUUUACUCCUCAUCCCUGGCCCUCCUUUUGCUAUCCUCCCAAGGCCUACGCUCUACUGAAGGUAGAGAUCUACAUUACCAGCCCAAGGAGGAGCCGCCAGCUGCUCCAAAGGUGAAGGCGGAGGAGGAGGGGGCAGUCAUGGCGGCGUCUGCGGCGAUGAUCGGGUCGAGGCCGCCGCGGUGCGAGGGGAGGUGCGCGCUUUGCGGCCGGUGCGAGGCGGUGCAGGUGCCGGUGGCUCCACGGGACAAGGGCCAUUUCCGGCUGGCCAGAGCCUUCGGAGGCGACGGGGCUGACGAGAGCUCCACCAACUACAAGCCGCUCAACUGGAAGUGCAGAUGCGCCGACAGGAGGAUCUUCAACCCGUGACCCGGGACCCCGUUUUUCUAGAGAUAAUCAGAUGGAUAUGUGUUUGAGCUUUUGAAGUCUUUUAGCCCACAUCCAUCUCCGUAUUUUGGUCGGUUUAGGUAUAGACCAGUUCGUGAUCCUGGAUGGUUAAUGAUGUUGCACUAGCUGAUGUUCCUCGGUUGUUGUAUAACCUUGUGGUGUAAAUAAGAGUGGGCUUUUGUUAACAUUUUCUAUUUGCCAUUUGGAUGGAUUAACAAGGUGGGCAGGAUAUUAUGGAA